AUGGGUGCGCGUUGGUAUUUAACGCUUCCGUUGGUUGCUGUGACGGUACUGCUGGUUGCCGGUGUUCGAGGACAAACGACGGAUCCACCCGCCGACAAGGAAUGGUGGGAGACGGCCGUGUUCUAUCAGAUCUACCCGCGAUCGUUCUACGACACCGACAAUAAUGGUGUGGGUGAUGUGCGAGGUGUCACGGCGAAGCUGCAGUACCUCAAGGAUACGGGCGUCGAUGCGACGUGGUUAAGUCCGAUCUUUAGCUCACCGCAGGAGGACUUUGGGUAUGAUGUGUCCAACUUCAAGCAGGUCGAUCCGCUGUUCGGCACCAACGCUGAUCUUGAGGAGCUGUUCCGGGAAGCGAACGCGUUGGGGUUGAAGAUUGUGCUGGAUUUUGUGCCGAAUCACACCAGCAAUCAGCAUGCGUGGUUUAUCGAGUCGGAGAAGGGUGUUGCACCGUUCCGGGACUAUUACGUGUGGCAUCCGGGCAAGAUGGUGAACGGACAGCGUGUUCCACCGAACAAUUGGCAAUCGGUCUUCUACGGAUCGGCCUGGGAGUGGAGCGAACUUCGCCAGGAGUACUAUCUGCAUCAGUUCGCGAAGGGCCAGCCGGAUCUGAACUAUCGCAACCCGGCCGUUAUCGGUGAGUUUGACGAGAUUUUGCGUUAUUGGAUGGAGCGUGGUGCGGCUGGAUUCCGCGUCGAUGCGAUCAACCACAUGUUUGAGCAUCCGGAGUUCAUCGACGAGCCGAUCAACAACCCGGAGGAUCCGAACAGCUACGGGUACACGCAUCACAUCUACACGAAGGACCUCCCGGAGACGUACGACGUGAUCGCACACUGGCGCACUGUGUUGGACGAUUUCACGAGAUUAACGAACGGCGAUCCGGUCAUCAUGAUGACGGAAGCGUACGCUAACCUCUCAAUGACACUGCGGUACUACGAGUCGGAUGAUGGCAGUCAGCAGCGGGCUCACUUUCCGUUCAACUUCGUCAUGAUCGAGGAGCUGGGCGAGUACUCGACGGCGCACGAUUUCAAGCGCGUGAUCGAUCGGUGGUUGGGCAAUUUGCCCCGUGGAAAAACCACCAACUGGGUGCUGGGAAAUCACGACAAACCGCGUGUGGCCAGCCGGUACGGUGAGCAGCGCAUCGACGGGAUGCAGUUGAUGUUGUUGGGGCUACCGGGCGUUGCGGUGACUUAUAACGGUGAUGAGAUCGGUAUGGUAGAUCAUCGGGACAUCUCGUACGAGGAUACGCUCGAUCCGCAGGGAUGUAAUCUCGGACCGCAGGAUUACAAGUGGGCUUCACGUGAUCCAGAACGCGUACCAUUCCAGUGGGACGAUACGUUUAAUGCGGGUUUUUCACGAGCACCAAGGACCUGGUUACCGGUGCAUCCUUACUACAGACAGACGAACUUGCUAAAGCAGCAGGAAGCGGAUUACAGCCAUUACAAGUUCUAUCGGGAUGCGGUUGCGAUGCGUCGAGAUCACGUGUUCACGCAUGGACAUUUUAAGGCGCACGCGUUUGGCGAUUGGGUGUUUGCGUUUGCGAGGUACCUGCGUGAGCAUGAGGAUCGGUUGGAUGAUCCGUACCGGGUGGUGGUGAUCAACUUCUCUGGCGAGCGGACAACGAUCGAUGUGAACGAGCUGUAUGAGAUCCGGAACCGCACGGAGGUGUAUCUCGUGGGGACGGAAUCACGCCACAAGGUGGGACAUUUGCUGGACGCUAACCAGGUCUCGAUUGGACCGUGGGAAUCGAUCGUUUUAGGACCGGUGUCGGCUGGUGGUCGGCUUGUGGGUUCGUUCGUUCUGCUUCUACUAGCUGUGGUCAAAUUCAUGCUCUUUUAG